AUGCGUCUGCUUCAGACUACAGAUAUCACGCUACACAACUUUUACGAUGAUGACAUCCCACCCUACGCAAUUUUGUCCCAUACGUGGGGUAAAGUUGAGGAGGAAGUGUCUCUGCAUGAUUCACGCGAUGUAGCUGUGAUGACACGCCCCGGAUUCUACGUAUGGAUUGAUACUUGCUGUAUCGAUAAAACGAGCAGUGCCGAGCUCUCUGAAGCCAUCAAUUCAAUGUACGAGUGGUACAAGAAUGCGCAGGUUUGUUAUGCCUACUUAUCAGAUGUUACUACAGCGCAAGGGCGCGAAAUAUCUGCAUUCGAUUCGACGCCUUCCAAAAUUGUGCUCUUUCAAAGCAAAUGGUUUGAGAGAGGGUGGACUCUACAAGAGCUUUUGGCUCCAUCAGAGAUUGAAUUCUAUGACCAAGCUUGGGGCAAGAUCGGGACAAGAUCGCGGUUGCAACGACUGAUCUCAACUGCAACCGGCAUCAGCUUUCCACACUUGAAGGAUCCUAACAGUGCUUGCGUUGCUGUCAAGCUUUCUUGGGCUGCUCACCGUAAAACUACCAGGGUCGAGGAUAUGGCCUAUUGCUUGCUAGGACUUCUUGAUGUCAAUAUACCCUUGAUAUAUGGAGAGGGGCCUAGGGCUUUCACUAGGCUUCAACAGGAGAUCAUAAGGAAUUCUAGCGAUGAGUCUGUGUUCGCUUGGACAGACCCUGAAAUACAAUAUAGCGGAAUGCUGGCUCGCUCGCCGGCUGCUUUUGCAUUGUCUGGUGGCGUCGUCGAAGCCACAUUCGAGCAUUCGGACAGACCUCCAUAUACGAUUACGAAUAAAGGUUUGGCAAUCCAGACAUUCCAGAAGGAACAUGACCCACAGUACUUUUCCGACUCCAACAGAUGUGUCCAGUUAUUACAUCUUCAAUGUGCUGCAUGGCGUGGUGAAGCCGAAAUGUCGUAUAUUCAGCUAAAAUUAACCAGGAAGACGAGGAAUGAGUGGGUUCGCUCAGGAGCAUGGAUUAGCCGACCUGCCCCGGUUUCUCGCACCCCCAUCGUCGCGUCAGAGAGGGCUGUGCCGGAGCGAGUAACUUACAUAGACGCAGUAUACAGACUCGACGCAGUCGCAGGUCUACAAAACACCGCAAGUAAUGUCAAAAAGUCGGUCUUCAUCAUAAAUCGGUUCACGGCGGGCAUUCGCAAGAAAACCUUUCCUGUUCUACGCGAGAAGUUCUGUCUAGAUGGUGAGGCUGCCGUUUCUGAGCGGAGGAUCCAAGUUACUGCUCACGGGCCUUUAUUUGCCGCACUACUUUUACAGUGGCAAGAAGAUCUUCUCUACACUCUGAUAAUUAAAUCACACGAAAACGACGCUCAGAUAAGAGUCAUUUCAAUGGACGGUAAGAGUCCCAAUCUCUUGACACAAUCUGUCUUGGACACUUUCAUCGACGAGCACCGUAUUGGACGGUGCUGUUUUGCAGAUAGCGGGCCCAAGUCUCAAUUCACCUGGAGGCGAGGGAUGGGUCUUCAGGCUGACUUGAACUAUCUCUCCGGUCGAAUAAUUGCUGUUCCAGGUUUCGAAUUAACGCUUUAUGAUAUCUCGCUAGCACCCACCUCGCUUCAAAGUUGGCUAUUGAAGCAUAUAGAUGGCAAGUAA